UUUCACAUUAAUCUUCAAGAGUAAUUCCACCGUUAAUUUUUGUUUUAUUAUGUAUUUAUUAUUUUUUUUAUUUUACUUUAUAGGAGACGGUGGGCGAUGACUUCUCCCAAGAGUAUCCAUUUUCUAAAAUGUAACUAAUUGUCUGAAAAUGGCAACAAAGAUAUCUAAACCGGCUUCCCGUCGGCAGCAGGGGAACUCUCACUGGAGCUCGUCUAUCUCAAAAUCUGAUGGAGAUUUGCACACAAAGGCAAAGCAGAAUAUCCCAGAUUGGCAAAAGCGACGUCCUUUGACAUUAACACUAGAUAAAAAUGUCUUUGACGAAUUACCAAUUUCAGAGGAAAGCCUUUCAGAUAUAACGAUGUGUUCAUAUCAACCUAGGACAAACACACCACUGGACUUUUAUUCCGUGUACGAGUCAGAGAGUGAAGUGAAGAAAGCCAGACGUAUAACAAGUGGACACCAGAGAUCUGUGACCCCCUUAAGGUCUGGGAGUGCCUUGUCCAGAAGAAAGGAUGUCGAUUUAUCACUUGGAGGAAGACAGGAGACAUAUUACAAUCAAAUGAAGAGAGUUUAUGACGUCGAUAACAUAAGAAAAAAGCGCCAAAAUGAGUUUUCACACAUGUAUGUGUCAUUCAGGACAAGCUAUGCUCAGGAAAAACUCAAACAGCAACGUGAGGCAGAAAGGAUUAGGAUAGACAACGAGAACAAGAUUCUUAAAGAAUUGAAAAGAAAAAGAACGGAGUUUCAAAGAGAAAAGGAAUGGCGAGUACGCAGUCAGUAUGUUACAUGGAAACUUUUGGAACAUGAGCGAAUGGAUCGGGAAUUAUAUGGUCUUCCACUGAAUGUUCAAGCAGAUUUUUACCUCAAAACACGUAAACCAAGAAAAAUAAAACCGAUGAAAGAUGUCGUCCGUAAGGAGACUCCAUUCUACCAAAAAGCGUCUGAACGACAUAUAAAGCGUAUGUUUGGAACAACUGUGACGUAUCCUACAAUUGAUCCAAAGUUAAAGCCUCCAGCUUUUGGAAGGAAAAACAGUAGUCUACAGAAAGAUUUUGACUUGGAAAAAAUCUGCGAAAAUUACUUGAAGGACCUGGAUUGGACAAAGAAGAAAUCUCUUAAAACCCAAGCCAAAGAAAACCGAAUUUUGCUUUCUGGUGAAAAUCGGGUCCUUCCUGUUGGUAAUAAUUUGAGCCAAGGGUCACGUUUAAUGGAUCGCCAUUCACGAGGGAGGCAACAAAACAUACAAAGUGUCAGUGGUCAGAAGGAAAAAAGAACUAAGGUUACUUAA